CCGGGUUCCCAGACGCAGCCAGCGGCGGGAGCGAGCGGCGGGUCUCGUCGGGGCGGCCGAGCGGUCGGUGGUGCCCGGGACGCGCGCGCUGGGCAGUCGGGGCGGCGGUAGGCACCGCGGGCAGCACCACCCACCGCCAUGGGCGGCUCGGCCUCCAGCCAGCUGGACGAGGGCAAGUGCGCCUACAUCCGAGGCAAAACUGAGGCUACUAUCAAAAACUUCAGUCCAUACUACAACCGCCAGUAUUCAGUGGCUUUCUGUAAUCAUGUGCGCAGUGAGGUAGAACAGCACAGAGAUUUCACAUCACAAUUGUUGAAGACCAAGCCACCAUUGGAACCUGGGACCAUUUUGUAUGAAGCAGAGAUCAUGCAGUUUGUGGAAGACAUAAAGAAAUGGAAGGACAGAUAUAUCGUGGUUAAAAAUGAUUUUGCCAUGGAAAGCUAUGAGAACAAAGAGGCCUAUCAGAAAGGAGCUGCUCCUAAAAGCCGAAUUCUUCCUGCUGGUGGCAGGGUGUUGACCUCAGAAGAUGAAUAUAACGUGUUAUCUGAUAAGCAUUUCCCAGACCCCACUGCCACCAGUGAGAAGGAAAACACUCAACCUUUUGUGGUCCUGCCCAAGGCAUUCCCAGUGUACCUGUGGCAACCCUUCCUCAGACACGGCUACUUCUGCUUCCACGAGGCCACGGACCAGAAGAAGUUCAGUGCACUCCUGAGUGACUGCAUCAGACACCUGAAUCACGAUUACAUGAAGCAGAUGACAUUUGAAGCCCAAGCAUUUUUAGAAGCAGUGCAAUUCUUCCGGCAGGAGAAGGGGCACUAUGGCUCAUGGGAUUUGAUCACAGGGGGUGAGAUCCAGGUCCUAAGUAACCUGGUGAUGGAGGAACUUCUGCCAACUCUCCAGACAGAUCUGCUGCCAAAGAUGAAGGGGAAGAAGAAUGACAGGAAGAGAGCCUGGUUUGGGCUCCUGGAAGAGGCCUACAACUUGGUUCAGCACCAAGUUUCAGAAGGACUAAGUGCGUUGAAGGAAGAGUGCAGAGCUCUGACCAAGGGUCUGGAAGGAACCAUCCGCUCGGACAUGGAUCAGAUUGUGAACUCAAAGAACUUCCUAACUGGAAAGAUCAAAGCAAUGGUGGCCCAGCCAGCGGAGAAGAGCUGUGGGGAGAGCGUGCAGCCUUUCCUGGCAUCCAUUCUGGAGGAGCUCAUGGGGCCAGUGAGCUCCGGGUUCAGUGAAGUACGCGUACUCUUCGAAAAGGAAGUGGAUGGACUCAGCCACAGCUUUCACACCACCAAAGACAGCGUGCUGCUGAGGGAGCAACUGAGCCAGCUUGUGAACCUUCCGCUGGAUUCUGUGAAGAUGGAGCCGUGCUACACUAAAGUGAACCUGCUUCAAGAGCGCCUGCAGGAUCUCAAGAGCCGCUUCGGCUUCCCGCACGUGGAUCUGGUGGUCCAGAGGACACAGAACUACAUGCAAGAGCUGAUGGAGAACGCUGUGUUCACUUUUGAGCAGUUACUGGCCCCACAUCUCCAAGGAGAGGAAUCUAGAACAGCAGCUGCCAUUGAGAAGGUCAAGCUCCGAGUCUUAAAGCAAUAUGAUUAUGACAGCAGCACCAUCAGGAAGAAGAUCUUUCAGGAGGCCUUGGUUCAAAUCACACUGCCCACUGUGCAGAAGGCACUGGCAUCCACGUGCAAACCAGAGCUUCAGAAAUAUGAGCAGUUCAUCUUCUCAGAUCAUACUCAUAUGAUCCAUGUUGAGAAUGUCUAUGAGGAGAUUCUGCAUCAGACUCUUCUUGAUGAAACUCUGAAAGUGAUCAAAGAAGCGGCUAUCUUGAAGAAGCACAAUUUAUUUGAAGACAACAUGGCCUUGCCCAGUGAAAGUGUAUCCAGUUUGACAGAUCUAAAAAUCCCCACCGGAACAAACCUGGCCAGCUCUGCCACAACGGCGUGUGCUUUUUUGCCAGGACCUCCAGAUAAUGAGACCCCAAGUAAAGAAGUGUUCCAGGAGUCAGAGGAAAAGAAGCAGCCUGAGCUCCCUUGUUCAUCGGCUGAAGGAGAAAGCCUUUCUUUCUCUGGGCCUAGCCCUCCUUCAGGUGAGGAUGGGCAGAUGAUUCUGUCAAGCGAGCAUGACUCUGCUGUGACUCCUGCAGCUGCAGAAAACAUCGAGACACCUCUUAGUGCACAUGUUCCUGAGCUGGAGUUAAAAGAGACCCCCGAGAAUGAAGAGCCCACCCACGAAAAGGCAGAACAGAGGGCUGCCUCAGGCUCCUUGAAAGAUCUCGGAGAGUUGUCAGUGUCCAUGGAAGUGCCUGUGGAGUCUGCUCUGGUAACCAGAAAAGACACAAAUGAAGGGACACUUGGGCUCCAAGAAAAGGCAAAUGAAGAAGGAAAAGUCCAGUGCUACCCAGACGUCAGCCAGGCUUCUGCUCACCAGGACAACUGUGAAGAGAACAACAUGGAGAAGAAGGAAGCCCAUCCUCCAGCUCCAGAGGCUGAGGCCCCCGGGGUGGAUCUGGGGGCAUUUCCAGAGGCCAGUGUCCCUGCCUGUCCACCUGCUGGUGAAGGGCACCCUGAGGGCACAGACCACGUAGACCCCACCAAAGAGCCAGCCGGGGCCACACAGCCCACUGAGAGGGAGCUGGAAGCCAGGGAGGAUGCAGGUGAGGCUGUUUGCAAUGUGGAGGAUCAUGCUGUGCCACAAGAAGUUGGCACUUUAAGUUCUGACCCUAUUUGCUCCAGGGAGAGUCAGGUUGCAGAAGAGCUAGAAGUGAUAGGAGGGAUCAGCGAUGCAGCCCUAGCUGUGGCCAGCGAGGAUGCACAGGAGGUUAAGGCUGUCCAUGUCUAUGAGUGCCAGUGGGUGGUUGAGAAUUCUGCAGACACAGAAGUCCUGGCUGCACAGGAAGGUGAUAUGAAGGAGAAUGAAGGGUGUCAGGAGGGCUCUCCAGGGCCUCCCUUGGAGGAGUAAGAGCCACAAGUCUGCAAUUGUCUUUCUUUGAACAAAGUCAUCGGUCAAGGGGUUAUAGUUAUGGGAAUUCAUAAAGGUUGCAUGUGAUUUGCUAUGAAAACUAUUAUGAAAUCAUUCCUUAAUUUGAACGUAGAAAUACCCACAGGACGUGAGCACUGAGGCAGACCUUUCUGGAAUUAAAUUGCUUUACCAUGAAUUAUUACUUUAGCAUUUUAAUAGGGAUUGUAAAGGCACCAGAGUGUUUGGGGUAAGGGGUUACAGAGAGAGACAGAGAGGAAGAAGGGGGAGAGAACAGUACUUCAGUAAAACAGGAAAACAGUUCUCAAUAUUCGCUACACAUUUCAGUGGUGCAUUUUUUUUCUACUGCUUUAAAGCUUUUAAAUUUUGAAUAAGAAUACAAGUGCACACUCACACAAAUGUAUACUCUUAAGUGCAGCCUUACCAUCCAUCAGCCUCACCUUCUUUUUUUUUUUUGGGUCCAGUUGUGGGUCCUGAACUCUGG